AUGGUGAAGCAGGCGACCAAGGGCCAGAAGGAAAUUUAUCUGGAGAAUAAAAAAACAAUUCUGCAGUAUUCCAUCGCUGCUUCCAUUUCCAGUGUUAGUUUUAUAUCUCUGAAUUUCAGUUUUUUUGAAAAAAAUUUAAAAGAAAAAAAGUCAUGGGAGGCUUUCCAAAAAUCUCAGAUUCAGUUUGAUGUCGAAAUAAAGUGCUUCGAAAAAAAUCAGAAAAGAUACUGUUUUGAAGCAUUUUUUUGUGUUUUUUUAUUAACCUAGUUCUUAAUUAAGAACUUUUUCUUUCUUUUUCAACCGAAGUAUAAAAUGGAAUAUAGACGGAUGAUUUCAAUGAUGUAACCAUCAGAGAUUCAUUUCAAAUACCACCUGACAAAAAAAUCUUUUUUUCUUUUUAAAUUUUUCAAUCAGUGUAAAAUUAGUCUUAAUGAGUCUGAGCUAGUUUUUCAAUCUUAUAAUUUGUUGAAAUAAGUCAUAGGUUUAAGAAGAAAAAAACUCCAAAGAACGUCCGAAUAAAAAAAUUUAGUUUGUAUAAAAAUUCCUUUCUGGGUGAAAUAUUCAAUUUUUUUCAAGAUAAAAUUUUGAUGCUUUUUUUCGCCAUGAACAUUUCAUAAAUUUUUUUCAUUUCUUUCGCAAAAAUCGGGUUUUUCAACAAAAUUCCGUUCCUCAAAAAGGCUUCAGAAGGUGGAAAAAAAUGUUGCAGAAGCUUUUUUUCGAGACAAUUUUUUUCAGUGUUUUAUCUUUUAAAUAUUGCGAAAAAAACCCCCUUAUUAAAAAAAUGAGUUUUUUUCUCUUUUUUUCUGGCUGAAGGUACGCGAGUCUAGAAAUUUUCAAAAUCAUACGGAAAUGGCUUUUUGCCUUGAUAUUUUUUUAUGUAAUUUGUUGUUUUUUUCUUGAAAUAAAAACUUAUAUUAAAACUUUUUUUAAAGUUUUGAAAAUUGAAAAAUUUUUUUGGAGAAUUUUUUUGAACCAAAUUUCAAGUAGUUUCUCAAAAAAAGUUUCCUAAAAAUUAAUUUUUUUCAUCGAAUUAACUAAUUCAAUCUUUUUUUCCAGGCUCUCUAUAUUCUGGAAUGUUUGGUCCUUGGAACGGGGACGACAACUUCCCACGUACUUUUUGGCGUCACGAUAGUUCUUCACGCCCUUUCUUUGGGUUUCAUGAGACGUCUUUCAGGUUUUUUUUAGAGAAAACUCCUCAUUGGUAUAUAUAAAAGAGCAGGGCCGAUUCCGAUUGUUUUUCGAGGCAAAAAAUUCUUUCCAAAACUAGAAUUCUAGAUCCCUUUUAGGCUUUUUUUUUCGCAUAAUAGAAAAAAGUUUUUGAAGAAAUUCUUACGCCUCGUUCGGAGUUAUUUCGACGAAAUUCAAAGUUAAUUCUGACUUUUCAAAACCAAUCAUCUUUCUCUUUUUCUGACGGCUUUUUUGAAUUUCGAAAACUUUUGAAGGCGAAACUUUUUCGAAUUUUAGCCUCGAAACUCGAUGAGAAAGGGCAUGUAAUCGACGCGGGAGCUGAUCUCAACGAUCCGGAUGCCUUUGGGGAAUAUUGCAAGGAUAUCGUCAUUCUCACUGUCAUUUCUCAGGUUCGUAUUCAAAUGAUUUCAGGUAAAGAACAUAGUUUGGAAAUUGUACAUUUUUCAACUGAUAAGCAAAGUUAAGUUUUGUUUUCCACGGCUUCUUUGGGAUUUUCUUAGGAUUGCUGGAUUCAAAGUUCGUCUUUUAGAAGUUCAUUCAAACGACGGUGUUCCUUUGAAUUGAGAAGACAGAAUUUCCCAGAAACACAAAAAAAAACAUUUUUUUUUCAGAGUCUUGCAAAAUGUUAUGAACUUUCACGCAGAGUAAAAUCGGGGGCGUAAGCAAAUUUUCAGAAGGAAAAAUUUAAAUUUUACUUGUCGUUCAUUUCUAUUAGCUUACAAGAUUCUCAUAUCCGCGAACAAGGUUAUCUGCUUUAAACUCAUUUACGCUGCGUAAAACUUUCUUUUCACAUGCUGGUGAGGGUUAAUCAGCGCGGCAUGGAACUCGAGAAACAGCGGGUCAAAACUGAAAAAAAGAAACCGUCUUUGAAACCAAUUUUUUUAAAGUAUUCAAGUACCGAUUUUUCAUCCACUUUUUCCUUGUGAAUGAAAUAAGUUAUCAUUAUAGCAUUCAAAAAAUGUACCCAAAAAUCGAUUUCUAGGUCGUGGCCCUCUACUCGAACUACGGCUACCUGCUUCUGUUGGCUCUGCCCGCGGCUGCCGGCUACAAAAUCUUCUUCGGCUUCAUUUUGCCCUACCUGACCGCCCCCUCGGAACAACCCGAAUUCGACGACAAAAAACAGCGGAAAAUGGAACGGCGUCGUGAAAAAGUCGUGUAUCGACGAUGAGUUUCAUCAAAUUCUUCUUUACUUUUUCUAAUUUUUCUAUCGUUCUUUCAGAUAUUCACCUUUGUGAUUGUUCUUUUCAGAGUAAUUUAUUGCGUUAUUUAAUAAUUUGUAUCCUUACCCUCUUAUGUACCUCUUUUCUUCAUGGGCACGUGCUUUUCUAUUUCUUGUUGAAUGAUUUUUAAAUAAAUUAUGAUUUUUUAUAUUAAAUUUUGUUGAAGUUCUUCUCUGAAAUUUGUCGUUGAGGCAAUUUAAAGUAUUUUUUGAUUUGAAAAAAAAAAGAACUCGAAAAGGUGAUAUUUUUGUAUAGAAAAUCGAAACAGUUCAAGUCUUCAAUGAUUUUUUUCUGGAUUUUGAAAAAAAAAAAGAAUGACUCAAUUACUUGGGCCUUUCUAGCAUUCAAUAAUCUUCACCUCCUCGGAAAAUAUUUACGAAUAGAUUACAGAAGAGCUAUCUUUUAGCCUCACCUCUUCACAAUUUCGAACCAGAUCCACACAAACUUGAUGAACGAAUCUCCAAUUCGUACCCUGCGCGAGAACGACGUCCUCGCAAUAUGUAGAGAACUCGCGAAUAUUGUCCGAUUCGGCGAAAAGUCCGUCCAAUAUGCGCGACUCGUCAUUCAGGUUCGUUCUGGGAUGCCUUCAGUAGUGUUUCCAAUCCAAAAAAGGAAUUUUUUUGAGAAAAUAAUGUAAAAAUCGAGCUAGACAAAGUUUAGAAAAAGAUAGAGGUGGAAAGUUUGAAGAGAGACGAUUUCGCGGGAAUAUGUAUUUUUUUCGUUAUCCGAAGGCUGCUCACAGAAAUUCCGAAGAACAAGGCUAAGAAAAAGGGUUCAAGAUUGUUUUGGCCGUUUUUGUUCUAAUAAAAACACUUUUUUCGCGCUUUCCUACUUUUUCUAAAGUUUUUUUACCCAGGGAAAUUUAAAUUUGGAUUUUUUUGAAGCCAGGAUUUUAUUUAUUUUUAUAAAAAGUACGAACAGAAAAUAAUAUUUUUUUCAGAAAAAUUUUUUUAUUUGCUUCGAAAUCGAUUCAGGUUUUUUUCUCUAGUAAGAAAAAAAGAUUUUUCAGAAUAAACUACAUUAGAAAAUGUUUUGAAAAUGAAAUUCCUCGUCUUACCGAAGUUUUUUUGAAGUCACAUAUACUUUAAUUUUUGUUUUUUUAAAAUGAGGUCUUUUUCACUUCUCAUUUGUCGAUUUUCUCUCAAUCAAAUACGUGAAAAUCGAAAAUAUCACUCUUCAAAAUAAAUAAAAAGCUUUUUAGUCGUUAAUUUUACCCACUUGCAUUCAGAACGUCUUCAAAAACCGUUCGAUCGACCUUUGCGGAAUCCUGCCGCCUCAGUCGCAGUUCAACAACACUCCAGAACAUCCAUUCAACGUGAUUUUCGAAAUAAUCGGUGACAAAUCUGUCUUUUUUGAGGUUUCCAAACUUUUUGUAAUAUAAAUACGAGGGAAUUUGUUUUCAGACGUUAUUAGAAAGCGAUGAGAUUCUGGCCAACGAUUUGUGGGACGCUGUGAUAGCGCAGUGCGACGUCAGCCACAUGGUUCUUUUUUACUUUUCAGUUCCCAAUAGACGUAUCGGAAGAUAGUUCUGAAAACCUCAACCUACAAAACUUUCUAAUUUUCGAAAAAAAAAACGCCUCACAACGCAAGAAAACCUUGAAAAUAUUUUUUGGGGUUUUGUGCCGUUAUUUUUCGAAAACUAGAAUUUUGACGGCUCAAGAAAUGAUGGAAAAAGGGAGAGGCAGCGAAAAUGGUGCAUAAUAGCCGAUAAAAAGGCGCAAAAAGGCAGAAAAAAGGAGCCUUUUUUGCUAUAAAAAGAACAUUUCUAUUCAUAAUUAUUCCGACUUUGCUUAUGGUUUAUAUAAUAUUUUUCUUUGGUUAGCGUGGAAACUGAAAAAAAUUGAAAAUAAAGUAUAUAUUUUGAAAACCAUACUGAAAAACGCCGAACGGUAAUUUCCGGUUAUCCUUGUUUAGUGCCUCUUUAAUCCAGAAGGAAAAAAGGCCCCGGCUUUUGACUUGUAGUCGAUAAAUGACACUUGAAAACCCUCGAAUAACGCUUUUUUUUUGUAACCUACAGACUUCGAAGCUGCGUAACUCGAGCAAAACUUUCUUGUUCUGAAAAUCUCAAAGUUAAUUUCAGCCAAGUUUUAUCGAUGUUCCCUUGUUCGAUUCGUGUUGAGAGCUACAUAAAAAGGCGUCAAAAUAUAUUUUCUCUUAUUUCUUCGAGACUUUUUAAAAUUAGCUUUCUCGGAACUUCUUUUUAAAAAGAUCAUGUCCAGGCGCCGGCCGACUCCCAAACUUCGGUUCUGAUGCACGCCAUCUCGAAAUACGUCAUGCGACUUCUGCCGACGGAACAACCUGUCUCUGAGAAAGUCAUGACGCCCUCGCAUCACCAUGCUCAGCAACGGAUACGAACCCCGCUGCAGUUGAUCCGCUCCAAUAGCCCCCUCAUGAACAAGUUCAAGCUGGGUUCGUCUCAGAAACAUAGAAAAAUGAAUGGAAACUUUGAAAUAUUGUGAAAAAUGAUUUUUUUUUUUCGAAGUAUGGUCGGUAUUGAAAGUCAUGCUAUUUUUGAACGUUUUUUUUGUAUUUUUUUAUCAUUCAUUAGUUCCACCACGUUGUAGUUUAUAUAAAGCUCAAAAAACAUAAAAUUAAUUAAUUUUACGAAUUCGGAAAAUAUUGAAGAAAUAUUUUUUCAGAAGAGAGAACCCAGUUGUUGAAUAACACGGCGAGUGCGGCUUUCCAACCCCGUUACGUGACGUUAUUCUGCAGUUUGUUGAUCAAAGCCUGUAGCACGGAGAAAUUCCCGACUCCGAACCGGCUCUUGUUAUUGAGGUAUACAAUACGUUUCGGGAAUUUUCGAGGGAUUUCGACCGUCUGAAAGUAUGAUCACUGUUUCAGAAGGACAGUCGAAUUUUUCAAAAAUCGGAGAAUACUCUGAAAUUUCAAAAAGAUUACAUAAUUUCUUCGGUUCGAGUUGACCAGCUUCUGACUUUUCUUUGACUUCAAAACUCACGCUCUGAAGUAUGUCUCAGUGAUGUUUCAGCAAACUGUUACUCUUCACGGUUUUUUAAAGACUUUUUAAUCAACAACAUUUAUUCAGUUUCAGAUGAUCGCAGAUUUGAAUUUUUGUUUUGAAGUGUGAAAUUUCAGGUUUUUCCUGAAGCAAUUCCACAUAUUCUGUUUGUAUGAUACGGGCGAUGCGGAUGUUGAUGGGAUGAAGGUGAGAAAAAAUUGGAUAGAGAGAAAAUAAGAAGAUUUUUAUCAGAAUGGUGAACAAUUUGGAAGGAAACUGGAAGAAAGCAUUUUGAUCAAAAUUCAUUCAAAAAAAUGUUACAGAAGAAUUUUUUCUAGCAUACGAGUUGAACGUUUGAGGAAAGUUCUCUAAAAAAUACUCCAUUAUCUCCUGAAUUCAGAAUAAAAAAAGAAUUAAUUUCUCGUCUUUCUUUUCUAGCCCGGUUAUAAUGCCUCAAAGCUGACGAACCAUACAAAUUUUCAAAAAAAAAAAGUGAUAAUUGAAGUUUUUGAAGCGUGAUAACUAGGCUAUUAGUUAAAAAAUCGGAAAAAGACGAAGAAAAAAAUUUCCUCUUUUUUUGAAUCCCAAAUCAGGACGUCGUGAAGCCAAUUUUUAUUGCAGUCCUGACUGAACACCAAAAAAAUUUCCCUUUGAAAAAUGAUUUUCCCGUUUCAAAAAGUCGUUUUGCAGAACGCCCUGCUGAUCCAACCGCCCUUUGCCUCCCAUGUUUACUCGUUCCUGUUACAUUCAAUUGAACAAUGUCCUACCGUUUUCAUUUUCAAGGAUAUCGUUUGUGAGUUUCGAGAUCACAAAAUGAAUGUGAAUUGAAGAGAUUUAAAGAAAAGAUAGAAAAAAAGAAGGUAAUGAAAAAAAAGUUUUUUUGAAGUAAAGUUUCCCGGAGAAAAGAGAAAAUCUCACUUUUUUGAGGGUCCAAAGUUUGAAAUAUUGAGCAUUCAUAUUUCUGUAAAGUUGAAAAGGUUGCGUAAGAAGCGUUUCUGGAGUCUAUAAUCCCGGAGGUGUGUUUGGAAAACUUUAUAAAAAAAUUUCGAGAUUACCUUUAAAAUAGAGUUACCUCUGUAGGAGGAAACAAGGUUCGAAUUUUUGAAGUUUUAUAAAAUUAAAUUUUUUUUUACGCAUUUUUUUUCUAUUGUUUUGGCUUUAUUUGGCAUUUUCUUAUCAUUCUGAAUUUUUUUUUUCUCACAUUUCGAUCAUUUCCAGUGUGUUGGCUAACGUAUACCCGACCUUGGCGAUAUCUUCCCGGCGAGGAAAAUAUCACACAUACCCGUUUCAUGCCUUUCGCCAAGGAAAAUUACGAUUUCUAUCGAAUCCUUCUCGGCAAGAUCUUCAAAAGGUUCAUGAGAAAACAUUUAAAAAAAAGUAAGAGUAUUUUCAAAGGUACAUGGAAUUCGGAGCGUCAUUGGAGACGUUGAAUAAUAUGAAGGCGGUUAUUGAAUUCGCGUGGAAGGAACCGAAUUGUGUGGUUUUAAGGUUAGAAAUUGGAAAACAAAGUUUGGAGAAAUUAUUCGAAAAGUUUUCGAACCACGGGCAAAGUUCAAAAAAGGAAGCCUUUGAGGUCUUUCAGAGGUUUUUUUUUCAAAACCUUCUUCUUCAGUUCUUUUGAACUUUGCCCGUGAUGGAAAUAGGUCAGAAAUUGGGCAGAAAAACGCAUCAGAGAGUUUUCGAAAACUUUCCUGAUCAGAAAAAAACAGGUAACUGGUCCCCUUUUUGGCUGGACGAAACUUCAAAAAAAUCAAAAAAAUCUUGAAAAUAAUUUUUUUAUUUUGGGAAUUUUUUUGAACUGCAGUGAGCUAACUGACACUCAAGUUUUUGAAAGUUGAAAAAAAUAUUUAUUUUUGAAAUAGAUCUUCAGUUUUCAGAGGAAAAAAAUUUCUUUUUCUAAAAAGUUUUUUUCGGGAAUUUUUCCUCUGAAGAAGAUCUCAGCCUUCUGAAAAAAACAACAGACGAAACUCAGUUCUUUUUUUCAAAAAAAUAAAAAGAAAAAAAUCCGUUCUGAUAAAAUAGGGAAAAAAAGAUUGAAUUCAGGCAACUCGGCCUGGAUGUUCAGCCACACGUUACAAGCCUACUGACAGAAAUGCAAAGAGUUAUGUUGCUGGCCAAGGAAUCCAUUAAAACGAUCGAAAAGCAGGUAAAAGGGAUCUUUUGGAGGUUAUCUCAUGCAUGACAAAUUUGGGCGGGGGCUUGUAUUACUCAUUCCGUUCAGAAGAAGGAGUCGAUUUUUGGAAAUGUCGAAUAAUGUGGUUACUUUUUCAGCCAGAAUAACUCAAAUCAAAGGCCUAAGAAAAUUAGCAUUAACCUCAAAAGAAAUGUCAUUUUUCUUUGCGGUUGGGAAUUUCAUCAAAUUUGGCCGACAGAUUUUUUAGUGCACCUAUAGGAGACUCUUGAAGCGAGAGAAGAGGUCUCCGAAAUUCUUCUGCCCAUUUAUGAGUCUGGCCAAGAAUCUUCUAUCCGUUUUUUCAGCACAGCGGCUUCUUCGGCUCAUUUUUCUCAGUGCCGCCGCCAGAGCUGGCCUCCAGUCGACAACUGGUUCAACAAAUUGAAAGUCUUCUCCGAGAAUCGGACCAAGCCAUUGGAACCAAGUUCACCAGGCCCGACGUCAAGCCAAUGAAUCCGACUGAAGCGAGGUCUAGAGCAGAAAAAAAACACCGAAGAAAAUAACUUUUUAAACUAUUAUUAUUAAUAGUCUCUUUCAGAAUAGCGGCGAUGAACCAGACGAUCCUAGACGAGACACCAAAAAGCGCCCUCCUUCCCGACCAUUUCAUCGACCAUCGGACCAACUUGAUGAUCUUGUCGCCGCUCGGCCGCAAGCAGGUCAUCAACGGCGAGCGAAAAUUCGACUUCUCCCGAUGUCCCAAGUCCAGCCGCACUCGAGACGACGAGAUCUCCUACCUCGGCGAUUGGUUCGACUCCGCCGCCCUUUGGCUCAGCCGAUCUCCUCUCGUCACCUCCCUGGGUCGCCACUACAAUGAGUCUUCGGGUGAGUUGAUUGUACCACGCUUGGGCCUCAUUUUUUUUUUGCGAAAAAGCCUGCGUGAACUUGGGCCAGGCUUCGAAUUAACUUUUUAGUUCCGAUGAUAACGUUUUUCAGCCUUACUCAAAAUUUUCACUAAGUGAGUAUUUUCACUAAUUCAAUCAUAGACCUUGACAACCUAGUCUCGUUCAUGAACGAAAUGGAAACUUAGAAAAUUCCGUGAUCAUAAAGAAAAUGUCGAAAAUUCUCUCACUGAAUUUAGGCUUAACGUGCUGAGCUGAGAAACAAACUACUCUGGCAAAACUGGAGAAGUUGCGAGAAGAAAUUUAAUUUGGAUCAGAGCUCUCUAGGUACCUAUCAAUUAAAAAAGGCAUUUUUCAUUUAUCAAUCAAUCAUUUGUUUUGUUUUGUUUUUUUAUUAUUUGUAAUCGUUUAGGCGGUGAACAAGAAUUUUUAAAAGCUAUAUCGAACUAGAAAUCCAAAGGUGUAGUUGAUCAGUUUGAAAGCAUGGUCUUACGGUCCUUCGCCUCAUUUUGCGCGUAGUACAUCCUGUUGCGCCUUGACGAGCUCAAAAUGUAGCGGAAAUCGUGCUCUAGGGGGAAGCCUCGAAAUGAGAGCGAUCAAUUCAAGUGGAUACUUUACAUCGAAUCGAGUCGAUUUGUCCAUUUUUCUGGUAAAAGGUCCCCAUAUUCCAGCACUGGGAGCUCUUGCGAGGACGGUCAUGUACCCGCCAGUGCCGAACACGAGAAAAGAAAGUCUAUCUCCGGUUUACGCUUCGAGACUACGCGUCGUCCCGCCCAUUCUGAAGCUUCGUGUACGUUUCAGUCUUUAUAUUUCAAGGUCUCGUAUGAUUCGAAGAACUGUUGAAGUGAUGGAACCCCGCGAAAAUAGUAGAUUCCCAGAGGCUUUUUGAUGUUGACUUUUUGAAGCACUCUUUUCAAACUCUUCGGAUUCCUUCAGGAUUCAUCCCCAAGAUUUCAAAUUUGAAGAGAUUGGAAGGUUUCAGGGAUAUCGUUUUCCCUUCAGUGGUAACUUCAAAUUUCAGUCCAUUGAGUGACCAAUAGAUUUUGUAUUGAGUGGUCCUUGGAAUGAUCCGAUUCAGAAAAAUUAUUUAAAAAACUUCAAGGGAAGAUAUGAAUUUUCAGCUUCUUGCAACUCGACCAUGGGCCUUCGGAAUGGUCUUCCUCUUCAUGUGGCUUCUUUACGGCUACGUUUUCUUGAUUCCAGCCGGAUUCCUGUUCCUGAUUUUGGUGGCGACAUCGAUAUCUGCCCAGCAGCCCGAAAUCUGA